UCAGUCUGUCCAAUAGAAAAGUUACAUGAGUGUAGAGGAGUAGAGCAGCGCUCGCGCUUCGCCGUGGCAGUUUCGGAAAUGUUGCCUAAACUUUUGCUCGCGCUUUGCUUUGUUUUGUGUUUUUACGGGGCUCCGUCAAAUGGACAGAAGAAAAAAGAGACGCUGCUCUCUGAAAAAGUGGGACAGAUGAUGGACUGGGCUGCGAAGAGAGCCGUGAUCCGAAUGAACGGAGACAAGUUCAGGAGAUUUGUUCGAGCGCCUCCACGCAACUAUUCAGUCAUCAUCAUGUUCACGGCGCUGCAGCCUCAGAGGCAGUGUGGAGUGUGCAGGCAGGCAGAUGAGGAAUACCAAAUCCUUGCAAAUUCAUGGCGGUACUCCAGUGCAUUCACCAACAAGAUUUUCUUUGCAAUGGUGGAUUUUGAUGAAGGCGCCGAUGUGUUUCAGAUGCUUAACAUGAACUCGGCCCCCACGUUCAUCAACUUCCCACCCAAGGGGAAGCCCAAGCGUGCAGACACCUAUGAGCUGCAGGUUCGAGGCUUUGCGGCUGAGCAACUGGCUCGAUGGGUUGCAGACAGAACCGAGGUUCAUAUCAGAGUGAUUAGACCACCAAACUACGCUGGGCCACUGAUGCUGGGCUUGCUCCUGGCUCUCAUUGGGAGUUUGGCGUAUGUGCGGCGCAAUAAUCUCGAGUUUCUCUACAACAAAAACGUCUGGGCUUUCUCAGCGCUGUGUUUUGUUUUGAUCAUGACAUCUGGGCAGAUGUGGAACCACAUUCGAGGGCCUCCAUACGCUCACAAAAAUCCCAGCAAUGGUCAAGUGAGUUACAUCCAUGGCAGCAGUCAAGCUCAGUUUGUUGCCGAGACGCACAUCGUUCUUCUGUUCAAUGCAGCCAUCACUUUUGGAAUGGUGCUUCUCCAUACUGCGGCGACUUCUGAUAUGGACAUUGGGAAGAGGAAACUCAUGUGUGUGGCUGGAAUUGGGCUGGUGAUACUCUUCUUCAGCUGGCUGUUGUCUAUCUUCAAGGCCAAAUACCACGGAUAUCCUUACAGUUUCCUGAUGAGUUAAGCACAGAGCACUCCAGUUCGUCAGUGGAAGGUUGAUGCUUUAAGAAAAGGUUUUCAGCAAAACCUUCUGCAGCUCAUCAUGCCUUACUGGUUCACAACAAUGAGUGGUUUCAUUUCUGUCUGAUUUCUUUUUGUGUUUUGGAAUUUUUUUUUGUGUUUGUUUUUGGUUUGUUUUUUUUUUUAUUAUUAUUAUUUAAAAGUCUAAUUGAAUUUUUGAUUUGUAUUUUAAACCUUUUUAGCAAAAGCAAGUUACUCUAAAUUCUCUGGACAGCAGAUCAGACGUUUGUGAUAAUUGUGAUGUUUACUGGUGAAUGCAUCAUUACCCUCCACAGGCUAUGCAGUAAUUCAUUGACCUGUUCUGAUGAUAAAGGUGAAAACUCCAGGUUAGAUGAUGCAUGAGGACGAGCACAAUGUUUUCCACGCUACCUCUUGACUCAAGUACAUUACAUUUCCAAAGCCAAAACGAAGCAGUCCCCUAGUUAGUGUAGUUGCUUUUCUUCUGUGCUGUAAGAAAGUACCACUCUGUGCUCAGUUUCCUCAAAGCAUUCGGAUGUUUCAAGUACGACGAGCUUUGUGAUGGCGACGUCAUGCCUUCCAUUAAUGUUUUAAUACGCCCUUGUCAACUUUCCCUCGUAAGUGCCUACUUUCUGACACGAGGAUAUAAAUUUGGUAUGAUUUUUUUUUUCAGCCUUGCCUAUAUACAAGCAUAGAGAUGUUUUCAUGUUGAUUUGUACUGAGUUUUACCUUUGAGUCAUGACAGCUUGCUAACUGCUUAGCAUAGAAAUAAUGUUACAUCAGCUGUUGUGGAUGGAGUAGCAAUGCCUCAUAGGCUGAUUCAAUCCCUCAAACAGAUUUCAUCUGAGCUGAUAAAGUAUUUAAGUUGAUCGAAGGUGUUUGUUACGGUGGAAGUGGACAAGCGCAUUUAAGACAGUAAUGGAACACAGCCCUGGUCCGCUUGUUAAGGAAAUGACUCGUACACCUGUGCUAAAAAUCAAGGUGCUGCUCUGUGUAAUGCCUCAGGUGAUGCCACGUGCUAUUAAAAGUGCCUUAAUUACC